UGUACCAGGCAACACCCCACCUGUACCUUUUAUAGCAUACGUGUGGAUUAAUAAAACCAGUACUUUUACGUUGUACUUGUGGCAACGUAACAUAACCUACAAGUUCGUAAAUCGAUGAUUUUUCGAUACAAAAGGUGGCGUGCAAGAAGUCGAGGUUGUGGAAAAGUUUUGUGCGCAAUUGAGAAUUCCGACGGGAGAGAAUUGAAAGCGUCGAAAGUAACGAGUCAUCUACCAAAUCAAGAUGGCAGAAGGGCAAGAGAAUCGGAAGAAGAUCACUAUUAACGUUAAAACGCCGAAAGAAAAACAGAGCGUUGAAAUAGAGGAAGAUGCGACGAUUAAAGAUUUUAAAGAAGCGGUCUCGAAGAAGUUUAACGCUCAGAUAGAUCAAUUGUGUCUGAUAUUCUCGGGGAAGAUUAUGAAAGAUCAUGAAACACUUACUACACAUAAUGUCAAGGAUGGUUUGACCGUACAUUUGGUUAUCAAAGCACCCCGUACGCCAACCAACCAAACUCAAGAGUCUGUACCGUCUCAGAGACCACAAGCUGAUAUAACUGCCAGUCCUUUUGGUCUUGGUAGCUUAGGUGGACUUAUGGGGCUAGAAUCUCUUGGAUUAGGUUCUGCUAACUUUAUAGAUUUGCAGCAACGCUUGCAACGCGAAUUAUUGUCGAAUCCAGAAACAAUGCGUCAAGUUCUUGAUAAUCCAUUGGUGCAGAGUUUUAUGAAUGAUCCGGAGAAUAUGCGCAAUUUGGUCACAACUAAUCCCCAAAUGCAGGAACUUAUGCAAAGCAAUCCUGAAAUUAGUCACAUGCUAAAUAAUCCAGAACUUUUAAGACAAACAAUGGAGCUAGCCCGUAAUCCAUCUAUGCUACAAGAGCUAAUGCGUUCACACGAUCGUGCUCUAUCUAAUCUCGAGAGUAUUCCUGGAGGAUACAGUGCUUUACGCCGCAUGUAUAGAGAUAUACAAGAACCUAUGCUUGCUGCCGCAGCAAACGAGCGUAAUCCUUUUGCAGCCUUGGUAGAAAACAGCAACAAUCAAGAUGGACAAACUAAUCCACAGCAAGGUCAAGAAAAUAGAGAUCCUUUACCCAAUCCCUGGAAUCAAAGUCAGAAUGAAAAUUCUACUCAAGGUCAACAACAAGGUCAGGGUAGAGGCCUUCUAGAUUCACCUGGAAUGCAAAGUCUUGCUGCGCAAAUGAUGGAGAAUCCUCAAUUAUUGAGAAAUAUGUUAAAUGCCCCGUAUACAAGAUCCGUAUUAGAAGCUAUGGCAGCUGAUCCAGCCAUGGCUAGUAGAGUGAUAGCUGCAAAUCCAUUUCUUAGGUCGAAUCCACAAAUGCAAGAACAAAUGCGCGCUAUGAUGCCGGCUUUUAUACAACAAAUGCAAAAUCCACAAAUACAAAAUGUCGUCACUAAUCCGGAUGCUUUAGCUGCUAUUAUGCAAAUUCAGCAGGGCAUGGAGCAGCUACGAACCGUUGCACCCGAACUCGUUGAGAACUUAGGACUAACUGUACCUAGCGCACCAGCAACAACAGGAAAUACAGCUACCACAACUCCAAAUCCGACGACAGGGCAAACAACGGAUACGAAUCAACAGGAUGCAUUUUCUCAAUUUAUGGCUCGCAUGGUAUCUGCAAUGGCACUAAAUCAAGGAGUAGAAGUCGACGGGCAACCUGUACCACCACCAGAAGAACGUUACAGAGCACAGUUAGAACAACUGACGGCUAUGGGUUUUGUGAACAGAGAUGCUAAUUUACAAGCAUUGAUCGCUACUUUUGGAGAUAUAAAUGCUGCUGUUGAGAGACUAUUGGCUAAUGGACAAGUAUCUAUGAGCUAACCACCAAUCUGCAAUACUGUUAUUCCAUUACUAUCUUUAAUUAUAUCCUUAUUUACCUCUUACGACUGGCAUGAAGAAAGAUAUACGAGGUAACUGGCUAUUAAAAAUUAUAAACUUCUAAUCUGAAUCUUGACAGAAUACAUACUACUGACACGUUCAAUAUGCAUUUGUACAUUUAAUCCGGUUAGUACUUGCUCAGUUCUUUUCCGAUCAUUUUUUACUAGAACAAGUAUCAGCAGUUAAGAUUACAUUUCAAAAUCCGUUUCCCAUAACGCCGAAUCUCCUUAAGGUUUUUCUUUCUCUCUUUCUGUGUCUUCUUUUCUUUUUUUUUUUUUUCUUUUUUUUUCCCCUCUUUUUUUUCUUCCUUUUUCUUUUUUGUAUUUUGAUGUGCUCUAAAAAUAUAUAAAACUCUGUUGAUAUAUCUAUUACACUUCUGAAAUCAUUUCUGGUGUUUCUUAGAAACGAUCAAAUCUGCAUGGAAAAUAGAUUGCUGCUGCUAAUUGUAUUGCUUCGGGCUUUGUCCAUGAUAUAUUCUCUAAUCGGUUUUUCAUAAAUGUAAUGAUAAUAAUAUAAUUAUUAUAAUAAAUAUACAAUAGGAGGUAUAUUCACCUGUAUUAUAAAUCAUAAUAUACAAAUUAUUAAUACAUUUUUAAGAAAAAUAAAUGCAGAAAUUAUGGUAUAUAUAUAUAUGUAUGUAUAUCUAUGUGUGUAUAUAUAUAUAUAUAUAUAUAUAUAUAUGUAUAUAUAUAUACAUUACAAUAUAUAUAUUCGACGUAUGAUGUAUGCAUACUUUAUUUAGUUUCAUGCGAGUUUUACGUUGAAAACGUAUAAUAGUGAUACGUUUUAGCUUGUUCUUCUUUCUGUCGUUUUGAAAAUACAAAUUUACAUAUAAAGAAAAUUUAACAAAAGCUGAUUGAAUAAAUAUUUUCCAUGGAAGUUUUGAGAGUAUAAAUGUGUAUAUAUUUCAUAUAUAUAUACACAUAUAUAUAUAAAAUAUAUAUAUAUAUAAAAAAUUAAAAAAAAAAUAUAAUAUUUUUUCUGUUAUUCUUCACGUUGAUAUGCACCAUCCUUUCUUUUUUUUUAUUAUUUCUUUUUCUUUUUUCUCUUUUUCCUUUUUCUUUCUUUUUUUUUUUUUUUUUUUUAUCUAAUUUAGCCUGCCUAUAAGCAUAAACGUAUUAAGCGUUAUAUGUCUUGUAAUACAAAUUUUAGAGAUUUGUAGCGUGGCGAUCAAGAAACUUAUGGCGUAGGUUGUUUAUAGAAGAGCGUACGUAAAGAUUAACUUGAUAAAAAGCGUCACAUGUAAAUGUGUUGAACUUUAAACCUAAUUGUCGGUUAGUUUUAAGGUAUUAAAAGAAAAAAACAAAAAAAAAAACAAAAACAAAAAAAAAAGAAGAAAAAGAGAAAAAAGAAAAGAAAAGAAAAAAACGGUGAAUGUUGUAAAUUAUCUUUAUCGAGAGGAAACAUCUAUAAUUUCAAUAUUUUGGAUUAAUGUACGAUUACAGAAAUAUCCGUACGCAUUAUAUUAUCCUUUAUGUAUAUUCAAUAUAUUUCACUGAAACAAGACAUUCUGUAAAACCAAUUGUAUUACAAAUAAAAUUGUGGUUGAUUCAUAUCGAUCGGUUUACGAGUA